UCUUCGGCUGCGCUGAUUUAUGACGGUAUACAAGGCUACUUUCAGUUUCUCCGAAACUGGGUCACUAGGAAAACCCCAGCCCGCGCGGCUGGUGGGUGCUGUCGUAUUUAUAUACACACUCGCCUAUUGAUAAAGCAGGAGCACAUUUAUUUCUAACCAGAGCGGGAACAUGCGCAUAACGGGACGCCCGGUCAGAAGAAAUAAAUUAAGCGAUCAAGCAGUCGUGCGCGCAUUUGCGUUUGGUUCAAGUCCAUGGCUCGACAUCUGGGACACAGCAGCUUGACCACUCGGUGAUACCUUCACGACCGGAACAAUUCCACAAGCCAGAGAAGUUUGCAUAAGCUCGGUGCUCGUACAGCAGGUGCAUCACUUGAUGUUUCUGACAAAUUAAUUGCUCGACUGUUUCUCGGUGGGAAGACAACUCGUGUGUGUAGUAUCUGUGUCAACAUUGUUAUUUCCCUUUCCCGCGCGGCAGUGAAAACUCCGAUUUGGACAGUUACUACCACCGCGACAUGCCUUCCAAAAAACUUAUCAAUAGGAGUGAUGCCGAGAUGGACUGUUUUUCACCAGAUUCUUCCAGUAUGGAUGGAGACUUGUGCCCAGAUGGUGGCAAUAAUGGGGGAAGAGUCAGACAGAGGCUCCGUCCAUGGCUGGAAGCCCAGAUAAACAGUGGCCGCUUCCCAGGACUGGCCUGGGUCAACCAAGAGGAAGGAAUAUUCAGGAUAACUUGGAAGCAUGGUGGACGGGCAGACUGGUCAGAGCAGGAUGCUCUUAUCUUCAAGGAGUGGGCAAUUCACACAGGUAGAUUUAGGGAAGGAACUGAUCCAAAUGACUACCCAGCUUGGAAAACACGGCUCAGAUGUGCAUUAAAUAAGCUGCCAGACAUACAAGAGCAAAAACAAUUGAGUUGCUAUGAUGAACCAAAUCCAUAUCGAGUGUACCGAUUUGUUGACAGAAAAGGUGGAGAACCAGUAAGUCCAUCUUACAGGCAUACUACGUCACCAGAGAACAGCUUUCAUGCCAACCAGAUUAUUAGUCAACCAGUCACUCGCCCUUCAGUUAUACAGGCCAACAUUCCAACAAUAAUUACAGAAGUGACACAUACAGUACCAGACUCAAGUCAUCCUAAAGCAGAUCUUGUUUCACAAGGAGUGGCUGGUGUUGCAGAUCCCCAGAUCAGUAGCUUAGGAUCAGACCUUGGCAACAUAGAUAUCAGAGAUCUUGUGCCUUUGGAUGACACCAGCCCUUCUCUCACUAACAUCUCCUAUGACAGCCACCUCAACAGCGCUGAACCCAUGGACACAGGGUCUGGUUCAUUAAGAAAUGAAUCAGGGGUGUAUCAGCAUGCAACACUUGGUGCUCCAGGAUCAACAGCUCCUUUACUGACACAAAUCAAAGAAGAAAAAGAAGUGCUAUACCUGCCUCCUCUGAUUCCAUUGGAUGAGAUGGUAGUGACAAUAAGGUUUCGACAGAGAGUAAUAGAAGAAAAGAGGGUGUUUUGCAAAUAUGGAUGUCGAGUUUACUUUGGCAGCCUUCCAUGCGACAGGUUGAUGCCAUGGCAACAAGAGAUAUUUGGGGAGCCAGAGGCAGACCAAAUACCAAUUCCUUACAUACCAGGAAAACUGGAUCAGAUGCAAGAUGCUUUCACUAUGAAGCUUCUCAAGGCUUUGGAAAGAGGCAUCAGCAUUUUUAUGAGCCAUGGUGCUAUCUAUGUCCUUCGCAGAUGCAAGACAAGUGUUUUCACUGCACCACCCCACAUGGAAGGAAAGGGUGUUGUGAAGAUAGAACGACAGCAAGAACCAGUAAUGAUCUUUGACUACUUUAACUACUUCAGACCAGCUCUUGACCAGUUUCACAAGGGGCUUGGACCACGCCCAUCUACACAAGUAAUUUUAGCUUUGGGUCAGUCCUUCAAUCCCACCUGUGAGCCAUACACCAACCUCUUGAUUUCAGUCACUGUGUCUCACUCCCAGGCUUACCGAGAUAUGGACCAGCUGCUGACAGAUUAUGGUGCACCAGUGGAAAUUUCGCACUCAGAUGAGUAUGACCGCUUCUUAAGUGUCACAAGGCAUCAGCAUUUCAACUUUGGGUGGCAACCUGCAGCAGAGGCUGGCUUGUCAUAAACACAAAGCAGAUAAUCGUGAGACUGUCCAGGAAAAAUGACAAGACUACUUUGAUCUCUUUGGUAUAAGCCAAAAUCAUUUUCAGCAAUCUGCAGCACAAUGUCUCCAUAUAAAAAUAUUUUUUGCCUCCAGAGUGUAGUGCUUCUAUAUAAGCACAAAAUUUCAAACUGCAAGAAGCCUACAUCCAUUAAACUGUGCUUUGAAAUGAGCUUUGAAUAAACUUUGAGCUUAAAAAAGAAAAAUCAUGUGGACGUAGUGAAGCUACCAUUGAACCAGUGACUUGUUGAUCUGUAUACAUCCUUUGUAUUAGUCACCUGUUUGAAAUUCUAUAGGCACUUAAACAUAAAGCUGCUUUAGUUGGUUUGUUCAAUGCACAAAAUUUGUUGAUUUAGGGAUAAGGUGGGCAAAACACAGUGAGCGCUGCCUAUCAAAAGCUUCUUGUGGCAAAUUCAGGCAACAAAUUGUGUUCCCAAGAAGGCCUUCACAUUGGCAGCAAGAAAUGUGUACAAUUUUGUGUUAUUUUUGUGCUCAGCUGUGCAUAAGUGUUUGAAGCAAGAACACUUCAUUAUGCUGCAUAUGAUAAAUGUUUUGAAAAGGAAAAUGUGCAGAAAUGUGUCAGCCUGACAACCGAUUGGGAUAGUUUCCUGUCUAUAUAGAAAAAAGGCACGGUUGAUUUCUCUUUGUUAUCAGGUUUGAAAAAUACAUCAUAUUGUCCUACACGAACUCUGGUUAAAUAAACAGGUACUAAUCUGCAGAUGGGUGCUUCUGCAUUAACCUCCUCCCUCAAAACAAAACCAACAGAAGGAACUUAAUUAUUAUUCAAGUGGAUAAAGCAUAAAUAAAAAAAGUUUCAUCUUAGUUGAUCUGUUAAAUCGCAGAACAGGAAUAUUGUUCUCACAUUUCACUAAAAAAAAAAAGGUCCUGGUUUUUAGACAAAUAGUGUGUACAGUAUUGAUUGCAGUAUGAAAUAUUUUUUCCCAGGCAAUAUUUUCUUACAUGAAUGUUUUAGAAGUACCUAAGCACAAUUUAACAUAGUGUGAUUCAUUCGUGUAUGCUAGUCUUAUACUCGCUGAAAAGCAAGUUACCUCUGUACUUAGUGUUGCAUCAACCAAGUUCCUCUCGGACAGUUAUGUACAGAUCUUCCUUUUUUUUUUUAUUAUCUUUUUAUGUUUAUGUUUCAUUUUUUUUAAUUUUCAAUUUUUUAGAGUGACAGUUGUUUAUUUCACAUUUUACAGUGGUAGAAAAACAAAAUGUGUAGCACUUUUAAUAAUAAUAGCUCCAGCACCAGUCAAAAGAACACAACUACUUUUUACAUUCCUAUAAUUUUCCAGAACAUUACAUGCUUUCUUUCUUCUGCAUGCACAUGCACAUUUAUAGAUCAUGCAUGCAUUCAUAGUUACCACAGGUUGCACACAUAUCAUGACAUGACUUAUUAAUAAAAGAGUAUGAUUAAUAAAUUUGAAAGCAGUAAUUUAAUAUGUUGGUUACCAACUAUAAAUAGUUUAAAAAGAUCUGCAUAUAUACUAUGUAUAUUUUAGAAAUGUGCUUGCCAAAUGGCAGAAACUUUAUAAAAGUUUUUGCUCUUUCUUUCUUACUAUAGUUUUAUAGAUCUCAUAGCCUACCAUUUGGUAGAGGUCAUUGAUAUUAUCCAAUACUCUGAACUAGGUAAAUGUCACUUCCAUUGCAAUAAGAAUAUUUAUGUUUGCUACACCUUUGGCUGACUGUUUGGGUGUACAAAACUGACUAACCAAGAGAAUAAAAAUAAAAUGUGUAUUUUUUUUAUUGACAGUGUACCAUUAAAAAAUUGAAUUAUAAUAUCAAAACUGAAAUUUAUUUUAGUAAGGAAAUCAGAAUAUAGCAAGUAAAGAAUUAAAACAUGUACACAACUAAAUUUUUAAGCAUGCUAAAACAUUACCAUUGUGGUAAACAAAAAUAUGCACCAUGAGUAAUAUCCACUGAUGUUGUAGUUGAAGGACAGCAAUUUGAACCAGGACAUUUGUGUUUGAAAAAGCUUAUAUCAGAAUGAAAAUAAAGUUUCUGAUGAAAA